AUGCUGCAGUGCGCAAGGGAAGAGAUUGAGCAUUGGUAUACCGCUAAACCGCGCACAUUCGAGCCCACUCAUUUUACUCCGCGCAGCAGAGAAACUCCAGACAGAUUCCCGGGCAUCUGGAUGUUGCUACCAGUUCAUGUGAUCGGCGUUCAAUACUAUCACAUCGCAAAGAUUAUACUGGCCUUCUCGUGCUGCCCAACCCAACCCCCUGCCUAUGAGGUCUUCAAAAACUCUCGCUAUAUCGAGAAAACUGUUCGGAACCAUCUUCUCACCGUGCUAGGUCUGGCCAAGUCCAAUAUAAAAGCCGAAAACACCCUUUUCACUGCACGCCAUAGUUUAGUUGCUUGGGGCUGGGUUCUUCGCCAUAAGCUAGAUCAAGCAGCUGCAGAAGACCUGUUGAAUGACCUGGAGAAGAGAACUGGCUGGGAUGUAGCCCCAUCGAUUCAGUCAUUGAGAGAGCAAUGGUAUGAAGAAUGCUCGGACGAGUAG